CUCCUUGAUGAGCCACCCUCCUCUUUCACCAUUGAACUACUCAGCCUUGUAACAUUAAUUGCCUCAUUAACAAAACCCAAGCCCCUCCCACCAAACCUCUCUACUCACUAUUCAAACUUCCAUUUUUCAAUUCUUCCCUCCCCACUCCCCUCUCCCACUAUUUCAUUCAAACCUCUCCCCCUUAGCUUCUUCUUAAUUAAUUACCUUUCUUGAAAAAAAAAAAAAAACCCUUAGCUUCCAAAACUAUGAAGCUCAUCCCUUUCCUCUCCAAAUCCUCAGAAUCCACAUGGCCAUGGCAGUGCGGCGUCAGCAGCCCCAAAACCCUCUCUUUCCGAGCAGACGACGCCGUUUUCGCCGCCGAUCAGUAUUCUUCCCCGGAUGAUGACUCCGUCGAGAAGGUCAUCAAAGGGUUGCGCUCGGAAAGGCUGUUUUUCGAGCCCGGACACACUAGCUCCAAAUUGGAUGAGGCGGCGGCGGUAGAGGCGGCGGAAGAAUCUCCGUUGAAGGAAAGCGUGGCAAUGGCGGUGGAAUCCACCGACCCUUUUCUCGAUUUCAGGAGAUCAAUGGAGGAAAUGGUGGCAGCCCACCAUAAUCACAGCCGUGAAGAUAAAAUCGAAGAAGUUUUGGAUUGGGAGUUUCUUGAAGAACUCUUGACUUGUUAUCUCAAAAUCAACGGAAAAAACAAUCAUGGCUAUAUCGUUGGAGCCUUCGUGGAUUUGCUGGUUUCCCUCUCUGCCCAUUCUUCAUCUCAUCAUCAUCAUCAUCAUCAUCCCGCAACCCACGAAAAAUCUCCGGCCGCCGGCGCCGGCGCCGCCGUUAUAAUUCCUCCGUCGUCGUCUCCUUCUUCUUCAACUAGCAGUGAUGAAAACUGUUUGUUGUCUUGUACUAACAGCCAUUCUUUUACCUCUCCUUUGUCUUUCUGCUCUUCCACUUGUUCCACUAGUCCCUGUUUGUCUUUUCCUCAGGAAGCUCAGGAUCGAGAUUGAAAGAUUCUGCAGACAUCCUUAAUUAUAUUUUAUUAUUAUUUUUAUAUAUGACUUGAAUUGGAUUCA